CACCUUAGUCGCUCGCUGUCCUGCAGUCUGGUUUCAAGGCUUUAGUCUCUUCUUAACUUGUGGUCUAAGAAGGUGUACUGUAACGUUCAUUGCCCGUCUGCAGAGCACACGUUUUUUCAGUGUUGGAUUCAACUUUCUUGGAUUUAACUUUUAGAGGGAUACCUCUACCAGAAGUCUAUGUCUGUCUAUUUCCUUUGUUUUGUUUGCAAUACUCCUGGUUGUUACGUCAAAGUACGGAUGUCUACCUUGAAGGUUGUAAUUGUUGGACUCUGAAAUCAACACCCAGAUGACUGAGGAAGCCUAGACAGACUGAGAUACAUGCAGACAGAAUCUGAAGACCUGGCCAAUACACCAAUCUUCCACAUACAGAUAAAGAUAUAUUCGAACCCUCGAAAUGUGAACUGGAAAUGGCACCUUAACUCCACUUUCGAGAAAGAACUCAUACAGAUGCUGUGUAGAACGUGUUUGUGAAGCAACAUAACAUCUUUGUCCUGCAAGGCAGAUCAUUUCUUUCUAUUGACCAUAUCGUUGACUUUUGUCAGAGGGGUCCAAUUGAUUGUUUUUCAGUACUUUACUUGGUCAGACCAAAGUGAGGACAAGAUGCGUGAGUUGAUGAUACCUUUCCCAGUGCGGAAAGAGAGGGAGCGCCAGAACAGUCUCCCGGCUCCAUCCCCGCCACUGUCAUUCCCAAUCACCUCCUACUCCAUCCAGACUUCUAAGAAGUUUCCCUUUUUCCACUUCAAAAAAUUCAGAUAUGAAGCGGAGAACGCCUUCUUCUGUAACCUGAAGCUGGUGGACUUCAACAUCAUUGACACGUUGGGGGUCGGAGGUUUCGGACGCGUGGAGCUGGUAGGAUGUUUAAAUAAAGUGCAGCUCAAAAGUGACGAGAUCAAAACGUUUGCGAUGAAGAUCCUGAAGAAGAGGCACAUCGUGGACACGCGGCAACAGGAGCACAUCCGCUCCGAGAAGCAGAUCAUGCAGGAGGCCCACUCGGACUUCAUUGUCAGGCUAUAUAGGACAUUCAAAGAUGCCAAGUAUCUCUACAUGUUGAUGGAGGCUUGCCUUGGGGGAGAGCUCUGGACCAUACUUAGGGACAGAGGUUCAUUUGAAGACUCGACCACACGGUUCUACACAGCCUGUGUGGUGGAGGCCUUCGCUUACCUGCAUUCCAAAGGGAUCAUCUACAGAGAUCUCAAACCCGAGAACCUCAUCCUGGAUCACAGAGGCUAUGCCAAGCUGGUGGACUUUGGCUUUGCCAAGAAGAUUGGGUUUGGGAAGAAGACAUGGACUUUCUGCGGGACCCCGGAGUACGUGGCACCUGAGAUCAUCCUGAACAAGGGGCAUGACAUCUCCGCUGACUACUGGUCGUUGGGGAUCCUCAUGUACGAACUCCUGACUGGAAGCCCGCCAUUUUCAGGGCCAGAUCCAAUGAAGACAUAUAAUAUUAUCCUGAGAGGAAUCGACAUGAUUGAAUUUCCAAAGAAGAUCACCAAAAAUGCUGCCAAUUUGAUAAAGAAACUAUGCAGGGACAAUCCUUCAGAAAGGCUUGGAAACUUAAAAAAUGGAGUCAAAGAUAUCCAAAAGCACAAAUGGUUUGAAGGCUUUAACUGGGAGGGGUUGAGGAAAGGAACCCUGACUCCUCCAAUCAUCCCUGAUGUCUCAUCGUCAACUGACACAAGCAACUUUGACAGUUUCCCAGAGGACAACGAUGACCCUCCUCCAGAUGACAUGUCUGGCUGGGACACAGAUUUUUAAAUCCAUGUGUAGUAGCCUCUCUGGCCACUCCCCCUUUCCUGGGGAAGCCCUUCAAGGGUUUGGCUGCAGAGCACAGAUAGACAGACAGACAGUUGAUGAUGCUGUGAACCGACAGUGACAGUGGAGGGGGCAGUCCUACCGCUCUGGGUCACCGAGAUGCCUUCGCCGAUGUUGCUCCACUCUCCUCUGAGGUGACAUUGGGACUAAUGGUCUAGCUGACAGAAGUCCCCUUCAGUCUCCCAACAUCACCAUCAACCAUGGAUCGCCUCAUGGAGAGUUUUUUUUGUUGUCACAUAUUUGUAUAUUUAGGUUUAUGUUGUGGCUGUUAGCACUUACCAGUGUUUUCAGUGAUUACUUGUGAUACUGAGUCGAGUGGGACUGAGAGGGAGAUUGCAGCUGUCUGUUGUAGCGUCUUCAGGACCACGAUUCCAACAGGGGAGUUGACACUCUUCUAAACGCUUGUCAUCAAUAAUCGAAAUGUUAUUUUUUACAAGUUCCUUUGUAACAUAUUACACUUACGAUGACAGCACAUAAAGAUUAUAUAUUGUAUAUAAUGCGUACUGUAUUCCAUUCGAAAACGCACACAAGCAUACACACAAUUGAACACGUGUAAUUACACCGUUUAUAGCAAAGUUGUUUGAUUGAUAAAACUAUUUUGCCAAAUUGAGUUGCAAGGACAUAUUUGACUUUCAGUGUAUUACCAUUUAGUUAUUUAUUAAGUAAAGGGAUGUUCGAGCCAUCGAGUGGAGAAACAGCCAAGAACAUUGUUUGCCACUAGAGGGCAAAUUGCUACUGAUACAAAAACAGGUUUAUACCAGAGGGACACAGGAGAUGAUGUCAAACACUGGGAAUUUUGGGCGAUAGCAAGUGGACUUUGAUACAUGGCAAAAUACAGUCAGUCUGUCAUAUAGAGAUUAUUCUACAAUUCACACGAUUCAUUUCCCAUCAACAUGGACCUUUACAAUAUGAUCAUUUCUAAAUUAAUGACAAGAUGACUGCCCUUCUACAGGCCCCAAAUACAUUAUCAUAAUUUCAAAUGUUUAUACUGACUUUCAAAACACUAUGAAUAUUAUUUAUUGUAGGACCAGAAGUAAAUAUUUCUGUACAUAAAUAUGUAGUGCUGAUAUUUUUGUGAUAUGUAUAUGAGUAGGAUAUACUUAUGAAAAUCAUUAUUUAAUUUGAAUAUUUGUGUUUGAAUGUUUUGUCAAGUGAAAUAUCGUGACAUAUUUCCUCAAACUUGAAUGAUCUUUUCAUGUUAUCGCCAUCAUCCACUGAAUGACUGUGAAGUCGCUCACCCCAGUACUGAGCAUCAUUACAUGGCUUUUUGGCAUUAUUGAAAGUGCCUUAACUCGAUGGCAUCCAAAAUAUAUCUUCAAUAUUUGUUUUAAUGCUGCAUGACAAGGUCAGACAACUUAAACUGUCGUCGUUAUUUGGCUCGUCGCUUUUUUAUAGUCCAGCUAUUUGUAUGCCUUUUUUCUUACAAUAAAAUGUUACUUUCAAUCAA